AUGAAGGUUAUGGUAGAAGAUGCUGUUUCCGAGAUGGAGCAGGAUAACAAAGGGCAGAACGUGAUACUAUCUCCCAAGGCUUCUGCUUCUUCAGAUAUAAGUACAGAAGUCGAUAAAGACACGUCGUCUUCUUGGGAUAACAAAUCGUUGCUACCAACUGGUGAAUAUGUCGUGGAUAGAAAUAAGCCGCAAACAUAUCUGAACAGUGAUGAUAUCGAAAAAGUGACUGAGUCUGAUAUUUUCCCUCAAAAACGUCUGUUUUCAUUUUUACACUCCAAGAAAAUACCAGAAGUACCACAAACUGACGAUGAAAGGAAGAUAUAUCCUCUCUUCCAUACAAAUAUAUUCUCCAACAUGUUUUUUUGGUGGGUCCUGCCGAUUCUGCGAGUCGGUUACAAGAGAACUAUUCAGCCGAAUGAUCUUUUUAAGAUGGACCCGAGGAUGUCCAUAGAAACUCUUUAUGGGGAUUUUGAGCAAAACAUGAUUUACUAUUUUGAAAAAACGAGAAAAAAAUAUCAUAAAAGCCAUCCUGAAGCUACAGAAGAGGAGGUCACGGAAAAUGCAAAGCUCCCCAAUCACACAGUUCUCAAAGCUUUAUUAUUUACCUUCAAGAAACAGUAUUUCUUAUCAGUGGUAUUUGCAAUCCUUGCUAACUGUACAUCCGGAUUCAAUCCCAUGAUCACCAAAAGAUUAAUCGAGUUUGUCGAAGAAAAGGCAAUUUUUCAUAACAUGCAUGUUAAUAAAGGUAUUGGUUAUGCUAUUGGUGCUUGUUUGAUGAUGUUCGUUAACGGGUUGACCUUUAACCAUUUCUUUCAUACAUCUCAAUUGACCGGUGUGCAAGCCAAGUCUAUCCUUACCAAAGCCGCGAUGAAGAAAAUGUUCAAUGCAUCAAAUUACGCGAGGCAUUGUUUCCCAAAUGGUAAAGUUACUUCCUUCGUAACAACAGACUUGGCUAGAAUUGAAUUUGCCUUGUCUUUCCAACCAUUUUUAGCAGGUUUCCCCGCAAUCUUAGCUAUCUGCAUUGUUUUAUUAAUCGUUAACUUAGGCCCGAUUGCAUUGGUUGGGAUUGGUAUCUUUUUUGGUGGAUUUUUCAUUUCUUUGUUCGCUUUCAAAUUAAUCCUAGGUUUUAGAAUCGCUGCAAAUAUUUUCACAGAUGCCAGAGUUACCAUGAUGAGGGAAGUGUUGAACAAUAUCAAAAUGAUCAAAUAUUAUACGUGGGAGGAUGCAUACGAGAAAAAUAUUCAAGAUAUUAGAACUAAGGAGAUAUCUAAAGUUAGAAAAAUGCAAUUAUCAAGGAAUUACUUAAUUGCCAUGGCCAUGUCCUUACCUAGUAUUGCUUCACUGGUUACUUUUCUGGCAAUGUAUAAAGUCAAUAAUGGAGCUAGACAACCUGGUAACAUUUUUUCAUCCUUGUCUUUAUUUCAAGUCUUGAGUUUGCAGAUGUUUUUCUUACCUAUUGCUAUUGGUACCGGUAUUGAUAUGAUUAUUGGAUUGGGCCGUUUACAAAGUUUGUUAGAGGCUCCGGAAGAUGAUCCAAAACAAAUGAUUGAAAUGAAACCCUCUGCUGACUUCGAUCAAAAUUUGGCAUUGAAGAUGACGCAUUGUUCAUUUGAAUGGGAAGAUUAUGAAUUAAAUGAUGCUAUUGAAGAAGCAAAGGGAGAAGCAGAAGAUGAAAAUAAAAAGAACAAAAAAAAGCGUAAAGAUACGUGGGGUAAGCCGCCUGUAAGUAACAAAAAGGCAAAAAAACUGAACAAUAUGCUGAAUGACAGAGAUGGUCCGGAAGAUUUAGAGAAAACUUCAUUUAGGGGCUUCAAGGACCUAAAUUUCGACAUUCAAAAAGGUGAAUUUAUUAUGAUUACGGGGCCUAUAGGUACAGGUAAAUCUUCAUUAUUGAAUGCAAUGGCAGGAUCAAUGAGAAAGGUUGACGGUAAGAUUGAAGUCAACGGUGAUCUCUUAAUGUGUGGUUAUCCAUGGAUUCAAAAUGCGACUGUGAGAGAUAAUAUCAUAUUUGGUUCGCCGUUUAAUAAAGAAAAGUAUGAUGAAGUCAUUCAUGUUUGUUCCUUGAAAGCAGAUUUGGAUAUUUUGCCUGCUGGUGAUAUGACUGAAAUUGGUGAACGUGGUAUCACUUUAUCCGGUGGUCAAAAGGCCCGUAUCAAUUUGGCCAGAUCAGUUUACAAAAAGAAAGAUAUUUACCUUUUUGAUGAUGUCUUAAGCGCUGUUGAUUCUCGUGUUGGUAAGCAUAUUAUGGAUGAGUGCCUGACUGGGAUGCUUUCCAAUAAAACCAGAAUUUUGGCUACACAUCAGUUGUCCCUAAUUGAAAGAGCUUCCAGGGUCAUUGUGUUGGGCACUGAUGGUAAAGUUGAUAUUGGUACCGUUGAAGAGUUAAAAGCCCGCAACAAAACCUUGAUAAACCUUUUGCAAUUCUCUUCUCAAAAUUCCGAGGAGAAAGAUGAAGAACAUGAAGAGGUCAUUGCCGAUGAAUUGGGGCACAUAAAGUAUGAAGCUGAAGUAAAGGAAUUAAUCCAUUUAAAAAAAAAAACUACGCAAAUGUCACAAACUACAAACCGUGAUAAAGCCAUAGUAGAUGGCCAUACUAGCAGCAAAGAAGAAAGAGCAGUCAACAGCAUCGGCCUGAAGAUUUAUCAGGAGUACAUCAAGGCUGCAGUGGGUAAGUGGGGGUUCAUUGCGCUACCCUUAUAUGCUAUUUUAGUUGUUGGCACCACAUUUUGCUCACUUUUCUCUUCUGUUUGGUUAUCUUAUUGGACUGAAAAUAAAUUCAAGAACAGACCACCUAGUUUCUAUAUGGGCCUUUAUUCUUUUUUUGUGUUUGCUGCCUUCAUUUUUAUGAAUGGGCAGUUUACCAUUCUCUGUGCCAUGGGUAUUAUGGCGUCAAAAUGCCUAAAUUUGAGGGCUGUGAGAAGGAUUUUACACACACCAAUGUCAUACAUAGAUACCACACCCUUGGGACGUAUUUUAAACAGAUUCACAAAAGAUACCGAUAGUUUGGACAAUGAAUUAACUGAGAGUUUACGUUUGAUGACAUCUCAAUUUGCUAAUAUAGUAGGUGUUUGUGUCAUGUGUAUCGUCUACUUGCCGUGGUUUGCUAUUGCAAUUCCAUUUCUUUUGGUCGUCUUUGUUUUAAUUGCUGACCAUUAUCAAAGUUCUGGCAGAGAAAUCAAGAGACUUGAGGCUGUUCAGCGAUCUUUUGUAUACAACAAUCUAAAUGAAGUCUUGGGUGGAAUGGAUACAAUCAAGGCUUAUAGGAGUCAGGAGAGAUUUUUAGCAAAAUCGGACUUUCUGAUCAACAAAAUGAAUGAGGCAGGAUACCUUGUCGUUGUUCUACAAAGAUGGGUGGGAAUUUUUCUUGAUAUGGUUGCCAUUGCAUUUGCACUAAUCAUUACAUUGUUAUGUGUUACUAGAGCUUUCCCGAUUUCUGCAGCUUCUGUCGGUGUUUUGUUGACCUACGUAUUACAAUUGCCUGGUUUAUUGAAUACCAUUCUAAGGGCAAUGACGCAAACAGAGAAUGAUAUGAAUAGUGCCGAAAGAUUAGUAUCCUAUGCAACUAAAUUGCCCUUAGAGGCGGACUAUAGAAAGCCAGAAAUGACACCACCCGAGUCAUGGCCUUCCAAGGGUAAGAUUGUUUUUGAAAAUGUUGAUUUCGCUUAUAGACCAGGUUUACCUAUCGUCUUGAAAAACUUUAAUCUGGAUAUUAAGAGUGGAGAGAAGAUCGGUAUUUGUGGUCGUACGGGUGCUGGAAAAUCCACUAUUAUGAGUGCUUUAUAUAGGCUAAAUGAACUGACAGCCGGUCAGAUCUUCAUUGAUGAUGUUGAUAUAAGCCAGCUGGGGCUUUUUGAUCUAAGAAAGAAAUUAGCUAUCAUUCCUCAAGAUCCAGUGUUAUUCAGGGGUACAAUUCGGAAGAACUUGGAUCCUUUUGAUGAACGUACAGAUGAUGAAUUAUGGGAUGCAUUGGUAAGAGGUGGUGCUAUCGCCAAAAAUGAUUUACCGGAAGUAAGGCUACAAAAACCUGAUGAGAAUGGUACCCACGGUAGAAUGCACAAGUUCCAUUUGGAUCAGGCAGUGGAAGAAGAAGGUUCAAAUUUCUCUUUAGGUGAGAGACAGUUGUUAGCUUUAACAAGAGCGUUGGUUCGUCAAUCCAAAAUACUAAUCUUAGAUGAGGCUACAUCUUCAGUGGACUAUGAAACAGAUGGCAAAAUUCAAACACGUAUUGUGGAGGAAUUUGGAGACUGCACAAUUUUGUGUAUCGCUCAUAGACUGAAGACUAUUGUGAAUUAUGAUCGUAUUCUUGUCUUAGAAAAGGGCGAAGUUGCAGAAUAUGAUACGCCAUGGGCAUUGUUUAGCCAAGAGGAUAGUAUUUUUAAGAGCAUGUGUUCCCGAUCUGGUAUUGUAGAAAGAGAUUUUGAGAACAGAAUUUAA